ACGUGUAUGAUACGUACACUUUAUUAAGCCUCUUCCCGCGCCCCAACCUCCUCAGUCGCUCUCCUCUUCAACGGUUGCUGUCUAUCUGACCCUUCUACCUAAUUUCCAGGACUCAAAUUCACUGCCAUGUCCUCUGAAGAAGGGAAGCUCUUUGUUGGAGGGCUCAACUUCAACACCGAUGAGCAAGCUCUGGAAGAUCACUUCAGCAGCUUUGGGCCAAUUUCUGAGGUGGUCGUUGUCAAGGACCGGGAGACUCAGCGAUCCCGAGGUUUUGGCUUCAUUACCUUCACCAAUCCAGAGCAUGCUUCAGAUGCCAUGAGAGCCAUGAAUGGAGAGUCUCUGGAUGGCCGCCAGAUCCGUGUAGACCACGCGGGCAAGUCCGCCCGUGGAACCAGAGGGGGUGCCUUUGGGGCCCGUGGGCGUGGUCGAAGCUACUCCAGAGGUGAGUACAAUGGUGGUGGGGACCAGGGCUAUGGGAGUGGCAGGUACGACAGUCGACCUGGAGGAUAUGGAUAUGGCUAUGGAUAUGGAAGGUCCAGAGACUAUGGCGGCAGAAGCCAGGGUGGUUAUGACCGCUACGCAGGAGGAAAUUACAGAGACAAUUAUGACAACUGAGAUGAGGCAUGCGCACCUAAUGUAGAGAGACAUCGAUCGGUUGCCUCCCAUACCCACCCUGGCCGGGAAUUGAACCUCCAACCUUUUGGUGUACGGGACAACGCUCCAAUCGACUGGGCCCCACCGGUGAGGGCUGCAAAUACUUUUCAAGCCCUGGAUCAUGCUUUUACCAAAAGCUAUCUACAAACAUCCUAUAGACAACCCCUGCACUUCAAGUUCCAGAGUAAAUCCCAAGCCCUGCCCCUCCCAACCCAGGCAAACUGAAUCACUGUUGCCUCAGGUUCAACAUGUAUAAAAGGAAUAGUACCCACCUGAUGGUGGGGUCCAGAGUGUUAAAGGCAACAUGUAUAGAACAGGGCGAGUCCCUGAUACCCCAUACCCUUUUCCCCCAUUGUAGGUGUAGGGGUGUAGAAAAUUUUCAGCUAGCCUUUUAAAUAAAAAUGCUGUGAAUACUUAAGGUAUGUCAAAAAAAAAAACAUUGGACAAAGAUCAGUAGCCAGUGUUCUUAUCACUCCUCUGCUUAUCAAAACAAAAUAUUCCCGGUCCUGCCCUGGCUGGUGUGGCUCAGUGGAUUGAGUGCCAGCUUGGGGUCACUGGUUCAAUUCCAGGUCAGGGUACAUGUCUGGGUUGCGGGUUAGGGGUAUGCAAGGCACAUUGCUAUUUCUCUCACUUUCUUCCUUUCCCUUUCUAAGUAAAUAAGAUCUUUUUUAAAAAAAAACCACGUCAGGUCCCUGCCCAGCUGCAUACCUCUUCUAUCUCCCACCCCUCCCCGGGCUAACAUAAGGGCCACGAUCCCUUGUAAUUCAUUGUGCUCCAAGAUCUGGAAAACCAGAAGGGUUUUUUUUUACUUGGUGACAGGCCUGGCCUGAAGCUUUUUAUAAUCUUUAUUUUUUCCCACUUAGUGUAGAAUACACAUACAAUAUACUGAAGAAAUGUUAGUGGUUAUGGAAAGUCUCCCUAGAAUCUGGGGGGACUUCAACAUAGAGUGAAUACACAAAGAAAAUUAAGGUUUCUAAAUUGUUAGACGUAAUCUGUGGAUCCCUUGACCAGUGUGGCUCAGCUGGGUGUCUUACUGCAAAGUGAAAGGUUGCCAGUUUGAUUCCCUGUCAGGGCGUAUGCCUGGGUUGUGGGUUCAGUGGGGCACAUGUGUGAGGCAACCAACUGACAUUUCCCUCCCUCUCCCUAGAAAUAAAAUCUUUUUUAAAAAGGAUUUAUUUUUUAGAGGGGAAGGGAGGGAGAAAAGGAGAGAAACAUCCAUGUGUGGUUGCCUCUUGCAUGUCCCCUACCAGGGACUGGGCCUGCAACCUGGGCGUGUUCCCUGACUGGGAAUGGAACCCGUGACAGUAGUUCACAGGCUAGCAUUCAAUCCACUGAGCCACACCAGGCGGGGCUAAAAUCUUUUUUUAAAGUGAAAAGAUCUUAAGACACUUAUUUAAAAAAAAAGCCAUGGCAUUGUUCUGCGUAGACAUUUCUAAUAUGCCAUCAAGUCAGAUUUUUAAACUCAAUUUUAAACUUUCUGUAAACAAAACUCACCUCUGAAAGUUUACUCUGUCUAGUUCUUAGUUUUCCAAGCACAGAAUUUGUGACCUAUUUUUAACUUUAUGACUGCAGUCCAUGGUAAUAAGUACAUUUUUCUUCAUUGGGGUACAGUGCACCCAUUUGUGUAAGUGGAAGAAAGCUUUAAUGAAUGAGAUGUGCAAAGUUCCCUGAUGUUUCUUAGUUUAUUGUACUUUAACAAAGUCAGCUAGACUGAAACCAUUCAUAUGCUAUGGAGGCUGCAGUUUGAAAAAAUGCUCUGUUUAUAAUUGUUGAAUCUAGGUGAUUGGUACAUGAAAGUUCAUUCUAUCAAUACUAGUAUAAGUUUGAGAUGUUCCAUAAUAAAAAGUUAAAAAGAAAA